GGGGCGAGCAGGGUGACGGACGCCGCCUCCGUCUGCAGGACUCCGAGCCUCCGGGAGGAGGGGGGGUUACUGAGGCGGCUGCCAGCCUCGAUUUACCCUACAGCACAGCCACCCAGGGUGUCAGCCGACAGGAGUCCGGGACGAUUUGUGGUCCUCUGCACGUCUCCCCUGCGGGACCAAGCUGACCUGCCCCCUUGUCUCCCAGCUGCCAGCCAAGGCCGUUCCGCCCCGCGAGCGAAACGCAGCCGUUGACCAUGGUCGCAACUGGCAGUUUGAGCAGUAAGAACUCGGCUAGCUUUUCCGAGGCGUCGGACCCGGGCUUCCCUCCAGGGAGCCUGCUCAGUGAUUUUGACUACUGGGAUUAUGUUGUUCCUGAACCCAAUCUCAGUGAGGUGAUCUUUGAGGAGACAACUUGCCAGAGUUUGGUUACGAUGCUGGAAAACUGUCUGUCCAAAUCAAAGCAGACCAAACUUGGGUGCUCAAAGGUCCUUGUCCCCGAGAAACUGACCCAGAGAAUUGCUCAAGAUGUCCUGCGGCUUUCCUCCACAGAGCCCUGUGGCCUGCGAGGUUGUGUUUUGCACGUGAACUUGGAGAUUGAAAAUGUAUGUAAAAAGCUGGAUAGGAUUGUAUGUGAUUCUAGCGUGGUGCCAACCUUUGAGCUAACACUGGUGUUUAAGCAGGAAAACUGCUCAUGGACCAGCUUCAGGGACUUUCUCCUUAGGCGAGCUCGCUUCUCAUCUGGCCUCCGGAGAACUCUGAUCCUCAGCUCAGGAUUUCGACUUGUUAAGAAAAGGCUUUACUCAUUGAUUGGAACAACAGUCAUUGAGGAGUGUUAAAAAAUGUUAAGCUCCUUUUAUGAUUGGAUAAUAAAACUAUGCAGCUGCUCAGUUAAAGUCAUUUGUAGUUUUCCUAGUACCAAGCAGAAACCUCAUAUAGUUCAUCUGCCUUUGGUGUUUCACAUUCUCAGCAAUGUGUUAGAGGUUUGAUUGUGGUCACAGAGAAUGUAUAUCUGCCCGUCUCACAUUUUCUGCAGAAUGGAAUAUGGAAACAAAAUAACCAUCUACUUCAAUUUUAUAUUUAACAACUGUUUCCAGAUAGUUUUGGUAAUAGACUCGAAGUUCUGGAAGUGAUCCUUUCAAUCAUGGAAACUUUAUAAACAAUAUUUAGCCAGUCAAACUCUCCAGAAACUCAUACCACCAAUUUCUUGCCCCUCCUCAAUUUGAAGGACUUAAGCAGUAUGGUAGAAAGAAGCAGGCAAACUUAAAUAAAAUUUAACUCUAGGCAAGAGCGAAUUUUAAAAAGUCACAAAGACAACAGAAUUAUGUCUUUGUUUUGUGUCAUCCCUACUAUUCUAUUUUGAGGAGAUUCUAAAGCUUGACCUGCCAGAGUGACACUAAGGAACAGGGAGAAGCUGUCCCACAUUCUGAGGGUAUAAAUCUUUAUUUAUAAGCAGAUUGCCCAGGAACAGCUAAUAGAUUUGAACUGCCAACCUGUAGGUGGCCAGAUUUACCACUGCUACGAGGGCUCUUCCUCAUGACCACAGUAUUGUUUUCAAUGGUGUUCAGUUUUGUAGUUCCCUAGCAUUGAAUUUUGUAUUUUAACUCAAAAAAUAGAUAACGUUGAACUGAUAUUUUUUUUCUUUUGCAUGUAGUUAAUCAGUGUUCUCUUGUGUGGGGAAUAAAGCUGAGAAAAGGAAGUCAGUUCUGGGAUCCAAUUCCUUUCUGCUUCAUUUGAUAACCUAGGUGUUGUGUUUGUUUGUUAUAUUAUGUAUGGGAUGAGACCUCUCACCUUUUCAGUGUUAUGUCAUCUCUGGUCUUUUCUGGAAACAGCUUUAAACUAUCACUCAACCUGAAUUUUCAAAGGACACAGCUGCAGACUACAACUUUUAAAGCGCUGAAGACCUGUUUUACAGUACUGACCAAAAAAAAACCUCACUGCCAUCGGGUCAGAAACCCUAUCAGAUAGAGUAUAACUGACCCUGUCGGGUUUCUGAGCCUGUCGAUCUUUACAGGAAGAGAAAGCCUCCUCACCUUCCUCCACCUCCACCACCACCACCACAAACUGCUGGUAGUAGCCCCAAGAGUAACCCACUACACCACCCUGCUGGAAGUGAGUUACCGAGUGAGAAAUACGGUCUAGGUACGACUGCACGUGCCCAGCUUUCCUUUGACUUCACUUGGGGUGCUUUCCUUGAUGAAACAAUAAAUGCCUUUCUUUUUUUGCCCCUACUUGCUACAUCGUUAUUCAUUUAAUAUAGUUAAUUUAGUCUACGAAUUAUGAAGUUCCAUUCAACCAGGCCUUCACACCCUUGCUGUAGGUCAUUGAACAGGAGUGUAUUUCAGGUUUCCUCCUGUGGGUACCACCUUAUCUGAGGUCACACCCUGGGGUUGCUCACAGCGGGUGUGAACCUGUUCCUGACUCCCUUAGCACUUGUUCUGAUAAAUUGAACUCUUCAAUGUGUAGGUAGCUGAACUUUGUAAGGCUGUGCGACAGAAUAAGUCCCUUUUUUUUUUAAUACUGCUUUAAAGUUAAUUGUGUUUCUAUAACUGUUUGUUUUAGAAUCACUGCCACUAUAGUGGAGUCUUCUCUCUGGUAUGGAGAUAGAAACCUUGUCUUUUGUUUUUUCCCUAACAGUUGACUUGAACUCAUUUUUUUAAUGCUUAGCAAAGGGGGAUGGCUUAGGGAGACUCAAAUAUUCCUGUUAAAGGAAAUGAAAGUUUGUCUAUUUUUGAUAAUAAAACAUUUCUUUUUCCGUG